GCUCCGCAUGCUGCGGGCGCGUGCGCACUGGUCCUUCUCGCUCGGGCCCGCCUGGCUGGCCGGCGCCACGGGUCCUUUGAUCGGGCGGCGGAGGGGCGUCCGAGACCUGCCCGGGACCCUGGACGAACGGCGGCCGGGCUGGAGGCCUUCCCGCUGCCUCGGCCAUGAGCGGCAAGUCCCUGCUGCUGAAGGUGAUCCUGCUGGGGGAUGGGGGCGUCGGCAAGAGCUCCCUCAUGAACCGCUACGUCACCAACAAGUUUGACUCGCAGGCCUUCCACACCAUUGGGGUGGAGUUCCUGAACCGGGACCUGGAGGUGGACGGGCGCUUUGUGACCCUCCAGAUCUGGGACACGGCCGGGCAGGAGCGCUUCAAGAGCUUGCGCACCCCCUUCUACCGGGGGGCCGACUGCUGCCUGCUGACCUUCAGCGUGGACGACCGCCAGAGCUUUGAGAACCUGGGCCACUGGCGCAAGGAGUUUGUCUGCUACGCCAACGUGCGGGACCCCGAGCACUUCCCCUUCGUGGUGCUGGGCAACAAGGUGGACAAGCUGGAGCGGCAGGUGAGCCCCGAAGAGGCCCGGGCCUGGUGCCUGGAGCAUGGCCGCUACCCCUACCUGGAGACCAGCGCCAAGGACGACACCAACGUGGCCGUGGCCUUUGAGGAGGCUGUCCGGCAGGCCCUGGCCGUGGAGGAGCAGCUGGAGCACUGCCUCCUGGGACGCACCGUCGACCUGCAGGCCAGGCCCAAGGCCAGCUCCUCGUGUUGCUGAGGGAGGGGGCCGCAGCCGUGGCCCCUGGGGCCCGGCCGCCGGAGAGACGAGUGGCUGGAGAGGCCACGGCAGGGCUGGAGCGUGGGGCCGGAAGGGGACA